AUGGAGCAGGCAUCCUUCACCUUCACUUUUCCGUCGGCCUUCCAGCAAAUGAUCGAUCCGAAAGAACCUCCCGAUGACAAAUGGGAUCCCUGUGACCCCACCUGUACCUGGCUGGAGACAUUGCAGAAACUGGGGCUGAUCGACAACUGGAAUACGUCCUACACCUCCAAGCACUCAAUCAGACAAUUUGGGAAGAAACUGACUGCACGAAAUCCACGAACAUCGAUCAGCCACCAUUUCUUGCGAUGUCUCCCGACAAACGCAAGCGAGGUCACAUUGACCCCAUCUUGGAAGGCCUACAAAAUGAACAGCACUUUAACUCUUCAUAAUAUCUUUCAAAUAUCUGCCUACCCUAGUUCGACAAGAAUCGGCAACAACUUGAACAGCCGGAUUCCAAAGACUUUUCCGGGUUCCUCUCAUUACCUCAUCAAUGGCGAAGUUGGACAAGAACGGAAAAUGUGA